UCGAUGCGUAAUGUUGUUAAAAUAGUGUUUCGCGCCUACUCAGUCAAAAUAUAAAAUAUUUAAGCUUGUUUAUUAAAUUUUUCUUGCGAUCCCCAAAAUAAAAAUAUUUUAAAAAGAAAAAAUUAAUUUUUAUUGGAGAAAAAAUUAAAUAGUGAUGAAAAUUAUGAUUGAAAUUUGAUUUGGAAAGAAGUUUUAUAUUUAAAAAGUUAUAAAAGUGAAAAAAAAAUUUUGAAUAGAAUAAUAAUUGGAUAUCUUGUAAGGAGUAAAAGAAUGCAAUAUAUUCAGUUAAAGCAGUAAAGAAAUAUAUACAAAAAAAGGAAUAAGUAAAGUAACAUAAAAAAGUAAACACGUAAAAAAUAACUUUAGUUUCAGUUCAAUAACUGGAUUUGAAAAACCAAAAAGAAAAGAAAAAAAAAACAAAAAGGUUAAGAAUUUUAAUAAUUAUUCUGUAUUAAACAAGUACGCUUCGGAUCAUACAGAUUAAUGUUUAAAAGCAGACAAUAUUUAGGAAACAAAUCAAAUAACCAAAUGUGAGGUGUUUUGAGGGAAAAAAAUAUGGAAAUGCCUAUACAAGAUAAAAAGAUGUUAGAACGCAAAGCCGUUCAAACAGUGAUACAACAAUGGAAUACAAAUCGCAUAGAUUUAUUUGCACUCUCUGAGCCAGAUGAGAAUCUAUUAUUUCAUGGUGUUAUGCGAUUUUAUUUUCAAGAUGCUGGACAAAAGGUAGCAACAAAAUGUAUUCGAGUAGCAUCGGAUGCAACUGUUUCAGAUGUGAUAGAAACUUUAGUUGAAAAAUUUCGUCCGGAUAUGAGAAUGCUUUCAGUACCAAAUUAUGCCCUCUAUGAGGUACAUGCAAAUGGUGAGGAGAGACGAUUAAAUCCAGAUGAAAAACCAUUAUUAGUACAACUGAAUUGGCAUAUUGAUGAUAGAGAAGGACGAUUUCUUUUAAGAAAUAUAGAUCAAAAAACGACGACAAUUGAAAGUACAGACAAUAAUUUUAAAAGAAAACUAUCGAAAAGGGAGAAAAAGGAACAAAAGAAGAAAGAGAAAUUAGCAAAAUUAAACUCUGAAUCAGGUAGUAUAUCUGGUGUAGGAGGUGGCAAUAACAUUGGUAAUGGUAGUAAUGAUGCAAAUCAUGUUGCAGAAAAAUUAUAUACUGAAUUACCAGAAACAUCAUUUACACGUUCAAUAUCAAAUCCAGAAGCUGUAAUGAGACGUCGUAGACAACAAAAAUUAGAGAAAAAAUUACAACAGUUUCGUUCGAGAGAUGGUGGACCAGAUACUGGUGGAACAUUAAAGAUAUAUGGAGAAAGUUUAUGUCGUGAUGUGCCUUAUAAAACUUUAUUAUUAUCGAUACGAGAUUGUGCGCAAGCAGUUGUUAGAGAAAUGUUAACAAAAUAUGGUUUAGAAAAAGCUGAUCCGCUACAUUAUUGUUUAGUUCAAGUUAAUAGUGAUGGUACAGAAUAUAUAUUAGAUGAUGAUGAAUGUCCUUUAUCAAUUUUAAUGAAUCAUCCAACAUCUAGAGGUUCUAUCAUGUUUCAUGUAAGACGACGUCCAGCCGAUUCACAGCCAAGAAGAAGAAAAAAGAAACCUCUUGGUGUUCCAAAUGGAACAAAUAACAUAUGUGAGAGAGAAGGACCAAUGCUUGUUGAAGUAACGCAUAGUGGUGAUGGAGGUAGACGUAUUAAAUUAGGAAGUGAUCCAGUUGAGGUUGGAUCAGCAAAUACAAAUUCAUUGCAAUUAUUUGGACCAUCAAUACAAGCACGACAUUGCCUGAUAUCAUUGUUAGAGGGUGUGUGUACUGUUACACCAUUGCAUACAGAUGCAUUAACAUUUGUAAAUGGUCAUCACAUAACACAGCCAACAAUACUACACAACGGCUCUGUAGUAAUGUUUGGACGUGUUUCAUCUUAUCGCUUUAUUGAUUCACCAUCAGAUGGACGAUACAAUUUAGCAUUAUCACAAUCCCAAUUAGAUUCAGCAUGUUUAUAUGAAAGUCGAUCACCUACGUCUCCUCAAUCUUGGAAUGAUGAUGACAGAAGUCCGAAUAUAAAAACUGAUAUUGAUAAAAUACAUCAAACGAGCGGUAUGGGUGGAACAACCGGAGUGAGUAGUAUAGUAAAUGGCCCACUAAGUUCAACUGAUAAAUCUAUGGGAACUGGAGGUAGUGUUAAUAGUGCAAUGGGAACAAAUUCUAAUGAAAAUGAUAAAGUACGAGGACCUAUUAAAGAAACUGAUUUUGCUUAUGAUCCGGAUGGAAAUAUUGAAACGGAAACCAAAUCUAUAUCAAGUAUUAAAUCAGGUGGAUCUAAUAAUCAAGAAUCAAGGAAUUCAAAAAUUUCGAUGGCCGAAAUGCAACAAGGUCAGGAACCAAUAUUACCAGCAGUCUUAGAGUUUCCUGAAACACAUCAGGAGAAUUUCUUAAGACAAGUCAUCACAGAAUUAGAUGUUAAUGCACCAAAUUUUAAACUAUCACCUGUUUAUACUUUAUAUCUAUGUGCCAGAUAUCGUGCUUCAACACAUUACCGUCCCGAACUUCAGCCAACCGAACGAGCUCAUAAGUUAACAAUAUUUUUACAUCAUGUUGCCAAUUUAAUAUAUUCAAUAAUACAAGAUCAGUACAAUGAUCCACGAGUAUUGGCAUUUUGGAUGGCAAAUAGUUCAGAAUUCUUACAUUUUUUAAAAUCAGAUCGUCAUAUAAGUGCAUUUAGCGUACAAGCACAAGAAGUUUUAGCUGAAAGUGUACAAAGUGCUUUUCGUAAUUUAGUCAAUUGUUUUCGAGUAGAAUUAUCCCAAACAUUAAAUCAAUUUCUAUCGGAGAACAUUGAUCAUGAAUCAGCAGCUGGUUUUGUGUUAACUGUAUUAGGUUCAGCUAUGGCGCUUUUACGUCGUUGUCGAGUAAAUGCUGCUCUUACAAUUCAGUUGUUUUCGCAAUUAUUUCAUUAUAUUAAUGUGAUUUGUUUUAACACGAUUGUUGCAAACUCCCAUAUGUGCACAGCAGAAUGGGGUAAGGUAAUGCUUGAAAGACUUCAAUUGUUAGAACUAUGGGCUGAACGUCAAGGUUUAGAAUUAGCUGCAGAUUGUCAUUUAGCCAAAAUUAAUCAAUGUGCUCAAUUUUUACAAGCACCUAAAACAACUGUUGAAGAAAUACAAAAAUUAGCAUGCUCAUGUUUCCGAUUGAAUUCUUUACAAAUGGCAGCUUUGCUACAACAAGAACAAAUUCCAAGAAACUUAAUUGAUACAGCAAUUCGAAUGGCAGAAUCUGUAGCAGAUGAAUUAACAAGAGCGGAUGGUCGAGAAGUAAGGCUUGAGGAAUCACCUGAAUUGCAUUUAGCACUUCUCUUACCUGAUGAUGGCUUUAGUUGUGAUGUGGUACGAGGUAUUCCAUCUGGUUUGGUUGAUUUUUUAAAUCCACUACAAGCAGCGGGAAUGUGCCGAUUAGCAGCUCAACCAACAAGUAUUGGUCUUUGGACUGUGUAUAUGCAUCAGUUUAAUACGCGUUCUCCAAGCUCCAUGUCUAACAAGUUGCCUCAGCCUGAAGUUCAAGUUAUCAAACUACAUAAAAACUCUAACGGAAUGGGGCUAUCAAUCGUAGCAGCGAAAGGUGCUGGUCAAGAACGUUUAGGCAUUUAUAUAAAAUCAGUUGUUCCAGGUGGGGCAGCUGAUGCAGAUGGACGGUUACAAGCUGGUGAUCAAUUAUUAAGAGUAGACGGACAAAGUUUAAUUGGAAUAACCCAAGAGAGAGCUGCUGAUUACUUGGUUCGUACUGGUCCGAUUGUUACUUUAGAAGUAGCUAAGCAAGGAGCAAUUUAUCAUGGAUUAGCCACAUUGUUGCAACAACCAAGCCCUGUGAUCCAACGUGAUUCUGAUGAUAUAAUUCCUGUUAUUCCACCUUAUCCGACAAAUUUAAAUUAUGGAUCCGGUUCUGAUGAAAGUAUACAUAGCGUCGCUGGUAUAAAUACUGCCAGAUACGAAACUUUUCCUAUAAUAUAUAGCAACUAUCCACACAGGCGUAGAAGUUCAUCCUCUCUUCAAGAAGAACUAUGUGCUCGAGGGGAAAAACUUCACAUCGAUCCAAGGUACAGAGAUACUAGACCAAUAGCUAGAAGUUCCUCUAGUUUGAUUUUAGCAGCCGAAUAUAACAGUCCAUUGCGUUCAAAUUGGGAUGUUGGACCAGCACCUUCAAUAUUUAUAGAGCAGUAUAACGAUGAUGCAGUUACUACACAAUCAGAUAACUUAUCAAAUGAAUCGCUUACCCAAUUGAAUAUAACGCAAAUUGAAGCGCAUCAACCGUUGAAUGAGGAUAGUUUAGCUUCUUGCUCUGGCGAAAAGCUUGACCAGAUCCCAUUUAUUGACGACGGAACGCCACCAGAAGAAGAAAAACCGUAUGUUCCUCCGGAUAGUAAAGAAUUUUUCAGAAGAAGUCGCUCAAGUAUAUCUUCUGUUGCAAGUGCCGGCGGUGGUGGUAUUAUUAAGGAAGCGCGCUCGAAUUCGGGUUGUCGUAAAACCGUUAGUUUUGAUUUAAUAGAUGAUAAAUUAAAUAGUACAAGUUUUGAUGGGGAAAAUACAAAAUUUUCAAAAAAAUCUUACACAUUUGACACGAUAAGUACUAUAAAACCAAUGAGCGGUGAUAAUAAUUGCAAUAUAAAAAAGAGUGAAAAUUUGGAUCAAAAAGACGAUGUGGAAAAAGAAAAAGAAAAUGUUUUAAAAUCUUAUAAAAGUAAUACAUAUUCAAUAGAGCAAUUCGACGAUCUCGAUUUAGAUUUAUCUGAACUAAAAUCAACUUCAUCUUCAUCCAGAUCAUCUUGCAUUGGAAGCAAAGAUAUUGAAAAUGGGACCAGAAACUCAGAUAUAAAACUCGCCAAAUAUAAUAAAAAUAAAAAUUCAAAGAAGUGUAGUAAAAUCUUUAAAUUUAAAGUUCCUUUGCGCAAAUCAAAUAGUUCCUUUGAAGUACGUAGCUUUAUGUCAAAUUCUAACAGUGAUAAAACACCAAUUCUAGAAAGUUUUGAAAAGAAAACAACAAAUAAAGAAGUGAAUCGAACUGAAAUUUUGGAUGUACCAGAUGUUGAUGAUCUAAUCCCACAAUUUGGUCAAGGAAAGGUAAAAGUAAUAACAGAAUUUUUUGAGUUUGGUGCACCUAAAGGCUUUUUAGAAUAUCGUGCUAAAUCUCGCUCAAAUCCUGAAUUGAAUUUCCUUAAUACUGAAAAUACUGAACGCGAUGACUAUAGAAAUAAAAAUAUUUAUUUAAAACAAAAUGAAGUGAGACAAUAUCAAGAUAAACCAUGUAACUUAUCAAAAGAUGAAAAAGAACGCAUUUUAAAUCAGUUAAAAGAAUGGAGUUUGUAUGGUACCAAAGGGAAAGAAAAUUAUAAUGAGGAUAAUUUUAUAAUUGAUAAACAAAUAAAAUUUCAUGAAAAAUGUGAAAAUUUUGAUAAAGUAAAUUACGAAGAAAUAUCAAAUAAUCACUAUGAUAAAUCACCACAUUGUCAUAAACAUUAUCAUCACAGACAUCAUCAUCACCAUAAUCAUCGUAAUGAACUUAUAUUUCUUGCGGCGGAUACUUCCGAAACAGAAAUUGUAGAAAAAUCAAAACGAAUUGAUGAUAAAUAUUGUCAUGAUCAUCAACAUGACCAUUUAUUUCAAAAGAGUCAUUACAUUUCUUUUGUUGAUCCACUAGAACAAAUCGACAAAACCUUUAUAAAUAAUUCAAAAAAAAUUGAAGAUCAACAUGUUCCUGGAAAUAACAAGAACGCUUGUAAUUUCUGGUCAAGCGAACCAAAUUUAAUAGAAAACGAUGAAUGUGAUUUUUCUAACAUAAAUUUUUUUUUAAAUACUAAAUCAAAUCAUCACAAUAUUCACAAUGAUCCAAAUAACGUUUGUUUAACAUAUAAGGGGAAUUCAGAGAAAAGCAAUAAUAUAACAUUAACAAACAUUACCGAUAGUAAUUCAGAUAGAGAUAAAAUGCAAGAUGAACAAAUCAUACUUAAAAAUAUUAAUAAUAAUGAAAAUAAUCUUCAAUGUAAAAUUGAUAAUUUUGUGUCAAAUUCCAAUUUAAGUGUUUGUAAAUUUUGUGAUAAUUAUUAUUAUAAAAAAUUUAAUCCAAAUAAUGAAAACAACUCUUUAAGUAAUACAAUAUGCCUUCAUAAAUGUCCGUUGUGUAGUAGUAUUAGCAAUAAUAACACUUUAAUGUUAAAUUCACCGAGUAAUAUUUCAUCAUCUGCGAUUAGUGAUUCACAAUUAUGUUAUAAAAGUUAUCCUAAUUUAAUGUCAUCAUCUUUAUACUCCUCAUGUAAUUUUGCUAGCAAUAACAAUAGUGAUAAUAAUAAUAGUAAUAAUGUAAAUGGUUCUGAAAUUAAUUACUCUGAUGAUAAAAAUAAAAUCACGCCAAGAAUAGUAAAGGAAUCUCAAGAUCAUACUAACUUAUGUGAAGUUCAAAAUAUAACAAUAGACGAAUAUGAAACAUGUACCGUCAAUUUUCAUCAUUGCAUUAAUUUACCUACAUUACCAAAUAAAUCAUUAAAAAGUCCAACAUUAACAUCGAGACCAAAGAAUUUUAUGACUGUAAGAAAAUUAAAAAUAAAAAAUAUAAUUCAACAACAAAAGCAACAACAAUAUCAACAACAAAAUAGUAGUAGUAAUAGCAAUAGCAAUAAAUUAAAUGAUAUAAUUUAUAACAAGUGCACUCAAUUAAGUAAUUAUAGCCCUGCAAACGCAAAUAGUUCAAAUUCUUUAAAUAUUAAUAAAUCUAAUAUAAAUAAAUCAACUACAAUUACAAAAAUUAUAACACCAAUUACACCAAUGUUAUUUAAUAAAGACUUUAAGUCAAAUAAUUCUGAAUAUAUAAGAUUAGCUAAAAAUACAAUAUCACCAAUUAUUCGUUGUAUUAUAGAUAAUAAAAAUAACUGCACAAGAAAUUAUUCUCACAUCUUUAAAAAAUAUAGUUCAAUGAAUCCAACAAUUGAAAAAUGUUGUUGCGAAUUAAAUACUAAAGGAUCAUCAUCAUCAUCUUUGGAUUAUCAGUCAACUAAUGACAAAAUAACGUCGGAUGAUGUUGUUGAACCUAGAUGACAGAGCAACCGAAGAAUGUCUGAAAGGGACAUCAACCGCGUAGGUGAUGGAAAAAUGCCUUUAGGGCAACAACAAAUGAAUCAAUUAUUACCCAAUAGUAAAUCAGUUCCAGCUUUACACCAUGUUGGUGGGGGAG